AUGGCUGGUUUAUUGAUUGAUGGAAGUUGUAUAAAGAACACCUUAAGAAAUAUUAUAAGAAGCGAAAAGAUAGGGUCUAUAAAUAUUGAAAACGGUAGAGAUGGAAUGAAAGGUGUAAAGACUGGAGAGGAAAGGCUAUGUCAGAAUGUCAUGUCAAACGACCGUGAUCAAAAAGGCGGCGUUGUGAAUUGUCGUAACACUUCUGGUGCAAGGCAAGGCUCAACGGAUAUUGUUUUAACGUCUGGCACCACGACUUGCUGUUCUUAG